AUGGCUCCAAAGGUUGCUGAGGAAGAUGUUUGUCAAACUAUCUACAAAUCACUAACCGACGGGUCGUUUCCCGAGGCCGAAAACAUUGUGUCCGCAGAAUUUCCUUCCACGGCUGCCGCCAAAGUGCUUCGGCUGAUCUCCAAGGCUAGGGAGGAAGCUGAGAACGAAAUAUCUACCCUCAGUCGAGAAACCGCGUCUGACGUUGAUGGGUGGAUAUCCCAAGCGAAACAGCUCCAUGAGGAAAUCGAGCGGUCGAGGUCGACGGCAAGGGAGAUUGUCCGGCAGCAUGAAAAGGUGCAACAGCUUCAGAAUCAAGUCACGGAUGCGGCCAAGAAGGUAGAACUGUUGGAGAAUGAGAUCGCCUUCUCUGAAGCUGUGACCCGAAACCUCGAGGAUAUUCGAACUAUCGACUAUCGCAUUUCCUCUGCGCAGAUGGCGAUUGAGCAGGGAGAGCUGGAAUCUGCUAUUGGGCUGUUUGAGGAGAUCGAGAUGUUAUUGAAAACCACCGGGUUACCAUCGACCACUCCGGUUCUCCGAAUACUAUCUGAAAAUGUGUCCGCUUUGCGCGCCGCUUUGGUAACUGUUUUGCGUCGAAAGUGGGAUUCGUUAGUCAAAAUUGAUUCCGAGCUGGGACAAAUGACUGUGACUACUGGCGAUCCCGAUUCCCCCUCAAACCUCGAGAAGGUUCUCCUUGCGCUUACAAAAUUGGACAUGCUGGGAUCCAUUGUCGAUUCUUUGUUUAAGGAUAUAUACACGUCUAUCCUGGAUCCAAUCCUACUACCAACUGGAUUUGGCGCGUCAACCCUCUCAUUUGACGGAGAUUCCAUACGAGUGUUAUCACAAACUGCCACAAAUGAACCAACGAAGAUUUUUGAUAUGCUUUUAUCCCUCAUCAAAUACCUUCAGCAACACCUACCAUCUGCGAUCACUGUCCCACUUAAUACAAAACUAGCUUCACCUAUGGUGUCCUCACUGGUUUCGAGCAAGCUGUUGCCCUCAUUCCCCUCAGGCGUUGACGGAACCGGAGAGUUUCAGGCGAUAUUAGACCACACCCAUAAAUUCUCACAAGCCCUAGAUGAAAUAGGAUGUCCUGGAUCUCAUGAAUUAAACUCGUUCAAACAACAAAUACCUCGCCUAUGGCUCAACCAGCGACGAAUAAAAUCGCUUGAUGAAGUCCGAGUUACCCUUUCUACAAGCCAUGGGGAGACACGAAAGGUAGAAAGGGUGGAAACUGAACAUGUGUCUCAAAAGGAUAACGUGUUUUCUAAAAAUGCAGAUGACUGGAAUGCCGAAUGGACUAGUGAUAACGAAGAAAGCACCGACAUUACCGCUCCAAAGGAGCCUGUUAAUGAGGAAGAUGAUGACUUCAGCGCCUGGGGGCUUGAUGAGCCUGAUUCUUUAGAACCAGACGGGCAAAACAAUAAGCCAACCGAUGAUGGAGGGGAUAUAGAUGAGGACGCUUGGGGUUGGGGUGACGAAGCUGAGGAUGCAGACGAUGCGACGCGACCACCUGAUCCUACAACAAAGUCUGCGGAACAUAUGAACGGAGAUGGAGAUGGGAAACAAUCCCCCAGGCAUGAAGUUACAUUAAGUGAACUCUAUACAAUAACAGAUAUUCCUGAUUCAAUUCUGAGCAUAAUUGCUGCACAAGUUGCGGAUUCUGAAAAACUUGCAUCACCAGAAUAUUCGAAACUACAAAUUGCCUCAUCUGGCCCUGGUCUGCUCGGGCUUCCUACCUUGGUUAUUGCGAUGUUCAAAGCUGUUGCGCCGAUGUUCUACUCCCAAAAAUUCGCUGCUGGCCAGAUGUACCUCUACAACGACAGCAUGUAUUUCGCAGAACAACUAAGAACUCUAAUAGAAACGCACAAUCUUUCCAGAUUAACGUCGGAUGUUGAAACCGUUGAAAAAUUUGGCAAGAUUGCGUAUAGCAAGGAAAUGCAGUCACAACGCACAAUAUUAUUGGAUUUGCUCGACGGAAGCCAAGGAUUUGCCAACUGUGCUGAGCAGCCGUAUCUAAGGGAAUGUGAAAACGCAGUCAGCGCAACAGUUGAUCGCAUGCGAUUUAUUCAUAAAGAGUGGGCAUCCAUCCUGUCACCCUCCGCACUUCUUCAAUCCAUCGGCUCACUGCUAUCAACGGUCAUUAACAAAAUGAUCCUCGACAUCGAGGACCUGAGCGAUAUUUCGGACGCUGAAUCACAACGACUUGCGGGUUUUUUCAACCAUGUCUCCAAACUCGAAGACUUGUUUUUGCCAGAACCUCAAACGGAGCAAGAUACGGCUGCUGGACAGAUGGAGGUGGUACCGAUGACAGCGGUGUAUGUUCCGAAUUGGCUCAAGUUCCAGUAUUUGAUUAACAUCCUAGAGAGCUCUCUAGCAGAUAUCAAAUAUCUGUGGACGGAGGGGGAAUUGAAGCUUGAGUUUUCUCCGGAGGAGGUGACGGACCUGAUCAAGGCAUUGUUUGCGGAUUCAGACCAUCGGAGGAGGGCUAUUGUCGAAAUUCGAAGGACGUCGCGGAUAUCUUGA